GAUUUAUUGGUGGUAAAAAGUUUAUUCUUUGGAAAAUCGUGCACUUAAUGGAUUUAUGGUUCUGAAUUUUCAUUUUACAUGUACAACAACACCAUUGCAAAGGACAUCAGUUGGGGAAGAAGUAACAAGUUCAACAGAGAGACGAGGGUGCCUAAAACUACUUUUGGGAUAAAGUUACAUUUUAUGCUAAUUACAAGUUGUAAAUUCACCCUCACUUCAGAGACCAACACCACGUAGUAAAGAGAAGACCAAAUGCAGCACGAAAAGGACAUGAUAAUUAAUCAAAGUGACCCUCAGGGAUAACAGGCUAAGAUAACCCACAUAGCACAUAAGACCAACCAGAAGCCAUCAUCAAAAGUAUAGAGAAGCAUAAGAUCUUCCCUUUUCGUGCAUCGCCAAUCCCCUUAACAACGAUUACACCGGCCUUCUACAUCUACUCCCUCCCCCCACCCCAACACCAAAAACAAGAACAACAAGAAAAUCAACAACACCAAAAUGUAUUCCACCUCACAACAGCUUUGGGUAGCACAACUUCUGGUGCUGCUGCUGUUCGUCGGUGCCAGUGGCAACUCGGACUGGCUUCAGAACUGCACGUCCUGCCAUUGCAAUUGGAAUUCGGGCAAAAAGACGGCCGACUGUAAGAACAAGUCCCUAACGACCCUGCCUACCGACUUAAGCAAUGAGCUGCAAGUCAUAGACCUGUCCAAUAAUUACAUAGCCGAGCUGAAGCGGGAUCACUUCGUGGAGGCGAACCUGCAGAAUUUGCAUAAAAUUUUCAUGCGAAACUGCACCAUGCAAGAACUCAACCGGGACUCCCUUAAAGGCCUGGUCAUAUUAAUCGAGCUAGAUAUGUCGCACAAUUCCAUACGAGAGCUUCAUCCGAGCAUCUUUUCGGGUCUGGUCAAGCUGCGUAAUUUGGUUAUGAACAACAAUGAAAUCGAGGUGCUGAAAAACAAUCUCUUCGACGGACUCACCUUCCUGUCACGUGUGGAAUUCAAGCACAAUCGUCUGAAAAGAGUUGAAAUUCAUGCCUUCGGCCAGCUGCCCAUGUUGUCGGCAGUCUACCUGGAAUCUAAUCAACUGACGGUGCUGCGCAAGGAGACCUUCGCCAACACCCCCAAACUGCUGCAUUUGUCGCUGGCCGCCAACCCAUGGAACUGCACGUGUGAACUGCAGGAGUUCCGUGACUUUGCCAUUUUUCAUCGGCUCUAUACCCCGCCGACAGACUGUCACGAACCGGCACAUCUGCACGGGAAGCUCUGGCCAGAGAUCCCACCCGACCAUUUUGCAUGUCGGCCGCGGAUAGUUUAUCCCCGACCAGGUCACUAUAUCGAGGCCAAUAGUGAAAACAUAACGCUGUCCUGCCGAGUGGAGGGUGCUCCCCGUCCCGACAUCCUUUGGGUGUACAAUAAGCGACCGAUUAACGUGAAUGACCAACGGUUUCAAGUCCGCAACUCUGUGGAGCAGAAUCGAAUCGAGAACUCCAACAUCCUGACAUCGGAGUUGAUUAUCUUUGGGGUAAGGUCCGCCGACCGAGGUGCCUACACUUGUGUGGCGGAGAAUCGUGGCGGCAAGGACGAGAGCAAUAUGCAGCUGGUCGUUGGCACCGAACGUUAUAUUAACGGCGGAGCCGUCAUAGACGGCAUGGGUGGUCCGGACAAUGGCUUUGAUUCGUCUUCGAAUAUCCUGCUGAUAAUAUGUCUGGUUGCAACUACACUGCUGCUGUUGCUGAUUGUGAUAGUGCUGGUUAUUUGUUGGUAUUGUCGCAGGAUAAAAACCUAUCAAAAGGACGCAACAAUGAGUGAGAAUGGACUGAUUGCUACGAAAAUGGAGAAGGCCCACAAUGGGUCGGUGCUGGAGGGCUCUGUGAUAAUGGAAAUGCAAAAGAGCCUGCUGACAGAGGUUAAUCCGGUUGAGAAGCCUCCAAGGAGGACAGACAUUGAAAAUCUCGACAUGGAUGAUGGACAUGAGAUCAAAAAGACGCUUCUAGAUGAAACGCAAUUUGGAAAUCGUGACGAAGAAACUCACUCCAUUGCUCUAUCCGACACAACACCAAGAUCCCGUCAAACCUAUGUAGACGAUGGUUACGGUACAAAUCUUCCUCCAGAUCUGCUAGCGUUUCCAGCACGUGUUCCUGCCUCACCUUCCAUUCAAAGUUCAACAUCGAAUAUCCCACAAGAAAUGAUAUAUGGCAAAUCACCCUUGGCAAGUCCAGUCUAUCAGCAUGUAAAUCCACAUGGCAUUUAUGGUACAACGAUAGCCCCAUCAGGAUUUAUGACACUCCAACAUCCGAAAAAUCGCAAUCUUGCCUUAGUUGCUGCAGCUAAUUCACGUAAUCAAUCGCCUUUCAUACCCGCCCCAGUUGUCUAUUCGCCAGUGGUGCUGAAACAAGGUUACAUGACAAUUCCGCGCAAGCCGAGAGUUCCAAGUUGGACGCCCACCAAUAGUUCACAGCUCUCCGAAUUCCAAUCGCCAACAUCGCCGAAUCCCAGCGAAACGGGGACAUCGCACACUGAAACCUUCGAGCCGGUCUACGAUAAUUUAGGUCUGCGCACCACUGCCGGGGGCAACUCUAUUCUAAAUCUGCACAAAAUCAACCAAGAACCUGUACGGUAUACAAUGAAGGAUCGGCCGCUGCCAGCCACUCCCAGCACAAGUCAGGGACAACAGCUGCAGCAACAACAGCAGCAACUGCAACAGCAACAACAACAACUGCAACAGCAACAACAGCAAAUGCAACAACAACUCCAGCAACAACAACAACAGCAACAGCAAGCGGCGGCCGCCCAACAAGCAGCGGCGGCAGCCCAAGCUGCGAAGAUCUACGAGCCAAUUCAAGAAUUGGUCAAUAACCUUACAACGACUUCCGAUACCGAACCCCUGUAUGGCACGGCCCGACACCAUAGCGGUGUAACCAUAGUGCCCAGCAUGGUUAUCGGCAAUACUCCCAGCUCGACCAGUGGUGGUAGUGGUAGCGGAGGUGCCGACAAGCUCAGCAAAGUUCCGCCACGCCCACCGCCAAAGCCCAAAAAGAAAAUGUCCGUAACAUCGAAGGGUCAAGGUAGCACGAGUCAACUCUUUGACGACGAAGGCGAAGACGGUACCGAGGUUUAGUUCAAAUCAAAAACGGCUUUGGUUUUCCGUAAUGCCUCCACCGCCGCCGCCGCACAAAGCAUUCAUAGCCCUCCUUCGCCGCAUACUACCGCAAAAAGUCCAUCGAUCUUUUCCUAUUUUUCUACCACCUCCCAUGCAACCUUAUCCAGCACUGCUUCCAAAGGAGAUUUUGUAUAAAAAUAAACAUUAAAUUUAUGAAACGAGUUCCAAUCUCCCUCGCGAAAAGUUGGAUAGUUGAAGGACCUUAACCACGACAACGCACGACUUGUGUUGGCUUAAAAAAAUAUUUUUCAAAAAAUACAAAAAUAGGAUUCGAAUUUAGUGACUUGUGUGCCAAUCGACUGAAAUUUAGAAUUAAAAAACAAAACACUGUUAAUAAGAUUCUAGAAACCUUUUAAAAAAUAAAAAAAAAACUCUUAAUUUCGAAGAGGAACUUCAUCUUCUUCCUCCUCCAUGCCCCUCAUUCCCACAACUUUAAAUGUUUCAUUUUUUACAAAAAAAAAAACAACCUAGAUUAAGUUCUUACAUAAUUUAUAGAUAACUGAAAAAAUAAGAAUAUAAAACAAAAACUUUUGUAUUUACAAAAUAAAAUAAUAUGCUACUUAUUUUGUCAAUGUUCCCUCUAUAUUCCGUUUUCAAAACAAAAAUAAUGUAAAUGUAUAGAGCUGGAUAAAUCAGAAAACAAAAAAGAAUCAAUUAAAAAGCAAAAAUGAAAAACAGAGAAAAUAAUAUUAAAUUUUAAUCUCAAUUUUAAGGCUUAAAACAAGAAAACAAAAAUAAAAAUA